GCUUGUGCUUCGGAUUUAAUUUUAUCAACAUAUUUUUUGGGCUCAUCAGCAACAAAUUCUGCUUUAACUCUCAAUUUCUUAGGAGAAUUUAGUCCAAAUGCGCGAGGUGGUACACCAUUUGCACCAUUUCAAUUAGAAUAUCCGGUAAUUGAUAGUGGACAAAUGCUUGAUCUUCUUAUCAGUGAUUAUACAUUUAAUACAUUACUUUAUCAUCUCCAUAGGUUUGCUAUUUUCUUUGAAUUACUUCCAUGCAUAUAUGGCAAUCGUUACUUAUGA